AUGGGGCAGCUCGCUCGUCGAUACUAUCAGCUCAAGGUUGGGCACGCAGCAAUACCAACCUAUCUGAGCAAUUUUGCCCGAGGUGGUCGAGGCGGAAAGGUUAUCAAGGUCACCCGCCUGGAAGACAGCGAGGAGCCAGGAACGUUGCGUUAUGCGCUGAUGGCCCAACAGGUCCUCGGAUCGUGGUAUUUGAUUGACGGUUACGUGACUGUAGCCGGCCAAACCGCGCCAGGCAAGGUCUCCGGGGCGUUCGAUAAGAUCGUUAGGCAUGUUCGCGUCAGACCGGGAACCAGCUCGAAUGAGUCGAUCGAUGGCAUAGGCAUGGCAGGCUCAAGCUACUGCAUCCUCGAUCGCUAUUCCAUGGUGGGCUGUUCAAGUGCCGGAGUUACUUUGAAAGGAACCUAUACAUACCAUGGCUCGAAGACCAGGAAGCCAUGCCUGAUCGACAAUGAGGCCGACGCGGGUGGCCUUGGGCAUCUUCCAACCUCUACCCGGACGACGAGCUGGGACACCAAUGAUGACGGCAUCGUGGAUUGGUGGGACUGUUCCACUGAUGACGUAUACGGCAAUCGAAGGCUAUAUGAAUUUCAUGGCGGAGCCGCAUGUAUUUAUGUCUCCAGGAGGAUCGGUGAAUUACAAGUUGGCAAGCUUGGCAGGAGGGUUCUCGAAGCCCAACUUCGAGGUCUCCAGAGGGAAGCCGGGAUCUGUAUCGGUAGCAGACACGGUGGCAGUUACACAUCGGACAGCAAGGAAAAGGUGGGCUAUUCCACGGCGACUAUCUCUGAUGACGAGGGUAGUACGUGGGAGAGGUCGGUUAGAGUUGCCAUAUUUGACAGUGCCAAUUCAAUCAAAUGA